UGAUGCACCUCACCAUUCAGGCACAUAUAUUAUGAGGAUUAUGCAUUAUAUACUACCGUUCAAAAGUUUGAGAAACGCUGCUUGAACAUCAGCACAGUGAGAGCUCCCUUCUCUGGCCUCCUUCCAGGGAACCAACAUGUCCAGUGACCCCCCUCCUCCAUACCCAGGGGGCCCCAGUUGCCCCUUUCUUGGGGAGAAAAAUGGACAACCUCCAGUUCCUGCAGCCAGUGCUCCAGUAACGACAGGACCUCCACAAGGGCAGCCACUGCCUCCAGAAUAUGGACCUCCACCUUAUGAAGCCACACUUCAACCUGGCUUUGUUCCACCACAUGUCCCAGGAGAAGGUCCCAUGCCUAAGCAUGUGCAUAUGCCAAUGCCCAUGCUUCAUCCUCACGGUGGUUACUAUGCUCCACCUGGGCACUUUCCUCAUCCGAUAGCAGAGCACUAUGGCCCAGGGCCCAGUCACUUUGCUCCAGGCCACACAGCCACAGUUCUUGCCCCUCCUGGUGCCGCCACCACCACCACCGUGACUGUUCUACAGGGGGAGAUGUUCCAAGCGGCUCCAGUGCAGACGGUUUGUCCACACUGCCAGCAACCCAUCAUCACCUGCAUCAGCCACGACAUCGGCCUCACAAAUACUCUUAUCUGUAUGUUCUGCUUCUUUGUCGGUUGUAUAGCUGGCUGCUGUGUAAUCCCGUUCUGCAUGGAUGGAUGCAAAGACAUCGUUCACAAGUGUCCAAAAUGUCGUAGUCACAUAAAAACAUGCAAAAAGCUCUGAGGACUGGAAUUUUUUGAAUCCCCUUAAUGUG